AUGCGGCCAUCACGUAUCCAAUUCAGAUAUUGGGUUCAGAGCGUGACAGAAUUCAUCUCCAUGACAAUCUCUUUCAGACUAACCAUUCAUCUGCCUCAACGUUCCUGCACAAGUCUUCUUAACCUCAAGCGAACAAAACCAAUAAUCACUGUCACUGCAUUGGGACAGCCAGUUUGCUCUAGAGUUGGGGACUCUGCCAUAUCUAAGAUAUUUCCAAGAAUUUUCGUACCCAUCCAGUUGGCACUCUCCGGAGACGCUGAUAUCACAUCAGAUUUCAUAGUUCCUGAUGGAGUCACUCCAAAUGCCGACUUCUUCACCUUCAAAGGGCUCAAACAGGCCUUGCGGGGUGCUCCCAAGGAUGCACCAUUUAAGGUGACCAAGGCGAGCCAGGCGGAGUUCCCAGCACUCAUGGGGCAGAGCGUCUCGUAUGCUGUGCUCCAGUUUGCACCAGGGGGCAUCAAUCCACCCCACACCCACCCUCGCUCCGCAGAGCUUCUCCUUGUCGUGCAAGGAUGGCUCCAAGUCGGGCUCGUGGUGUCACUGUUACACGUGGACUCCAACAACACGCUCUUCACCCAGGUGCUUCGGACUGGUGCCAUGUUCGUGUUUCCCAAGGGCCUGGUGCACUUCCAAGCGAAUAAAGACCCGAGGUACCCAGCCGUUGCCUUGUCGGCUUUCGGCAGUGCUAACGCCGGCACAGUGUCUCUUCCGAAGACUUUGUUUGGCAGUGGCAUUGACGAAGAUGUACUGGCCAAGUCCUUCAAGACCGAUGCUGAAACCAUCGACAAGCUUGUUUCGGCUGCCACCAUGGGUUGA